AUGCAUCGCCGCUUGCGCUUGCACGACAGCGCGCUCAGUCCGAGCGAGUAUGACGCCUACUCUGCCCUGUUGGAGGAGAUUGACCUCAGGGAGUGCACAUGCGAGGAUAUGACGGAGCUCAUCGGCCAGCGCUUCCGCAUCAAUGCAGACCGACUCUCCGAGGUGAUGGAACUGGUCGACGUUCAGGCGAGCGAGCGUGCGCAGGUGACCAACGGACUCCUUCUGGCUACUCUGCGCUUGCUAGCUCACGCGCCGACGUGCGAUGUCCUCACAAAGGAUCACACGUUCAUACAGAGCAAGCCCCUCGUCCGGCGACCAAAGAACCCAUUCCACAGACAAUCCACCCCCACUCUGCCCAAAGCCUCACUCGUUCCCUCACCUGCAGAUGCACGUAGCCAGCAGCGCAAAUCCAUAGACAGCAACCCCUUCAAGCGACAGCCUCCCCCGCUGCCCAAGAGGACCGUCAGCCAUUCCGUUUCGAGCGGUUCACAGGCCGUAGACGAAUCGAGCAGGCGGACUUCCAUCGACAUCAUCUCUUCCAGCCCGGUCAGUCGACAAUUCAGCAGAGCCGAAUCCUCGCACAGUCAUAGCUCGCUCGCGACUUCCACUUCCAGCGUUUCCUCCAGCAGCAGCAGCAGCAGCAGCAGCAGCGACGACGCAGGCGACCGAGACGAUUUCCCAAGCUCGAGACUGACUGAAUCGAGCCAUAUCGCGCCUACUGCCAGUCUGAGGAAGAAUCCACCGCCACCCGUCCGGCUGCCCCGUGCUCAAUCGAUGGCCUACUCGCGCAAUGGUUCAGAUCGCAAACAGGAGACAGACACUCAUUCGGCAUCAUCUGAUCCCAUCCCAAGAAGACCGCCACCCCCGCCUACACCUGCACUGGCUAAACCGACAAAGACUCUGCCAGGUCUAGCGCGAUCUCGUACCGUCACUGCUCGUCCAGAUCCGAACUCUCAUUCCAGCACACUCCGUCGCGAGUCAAUGUCCGGUUCGGUCAACUCGCUUCGACAGAAUUCCGAUAGUUUCAGACGCAGGAUCGCAUCGGAAUCGACAAGAGGCGUAGAAGUGCUCAGCAAGGAGUUCGGCAGAUUGGAAGAGCGAUUCGGGAAGACCAAACCGACUUAUCUUGCUCAGUCGAGAGAAGAGAAACGAGGUCUGGUGGCCAGGUCGCCUUCACCGCCUUCUACACUUGCUGCCAGACACACCUUUGAGCCCGAGGGAGAGGACGAAGUCGGCUGGACGCGAUUAGGCUGA